UAAAUUUCUACAAACCCUCAUCUUCUCCUUCUGCACAGACUAUAAUUCUUGUUUCCAAAUCUUGAUAAAACAAUUUAUAACAAUGUUUUCUUCUGCAUCAUUUUGUGCCAUUGAAGGUGCAAAUCUUGCAACCCCUUUGGCAUUGAAUUCGAAAUCUUUAUCAUCGAAUUCGAAAUCUUGUUCUGCUCAUUUCACCGCAACAAUUAAUAAUUUUGCAAGAAAAAGAACGGGGGUCUUGGUUUCGGCUUCUGGUUCGGCUUCAGUUGAUACUGAUAGUGGUAAUAACUUGCCACUCAGUGGUUUAGUGUUCCAACCAUUUGAAGAGGUGAAAAAUGAGGCUUUUGUUGUUCCGGUGGCUCCUCAUACUUCCCUUGCUCGACAACGCUUUCAAGAUGAAUGUGAAUCAGCUAUCAAUGAGCAAAUCAAUGUGGAAUACAACAACUCCUAUCUGUACCAUGCCAUGUUUGCGUACUUCGACAGGGACAAUGUUGCUCUGAAAGGACUUGCCAAGUUUUUUAAGGAUUCAAGUGAAGAGGAAAGAACACAUGCUGAGAUGCUAAUGGGAUAUCAGAACAUGCGCGGUGGAAGAGUUAAACUGCACUCAAUACUGAAUCCCCCUAGUGAAUUUGACCACGCGGAGAAGGGUGAUGCCUUGUACGCCAUGGAGCUAGCAUUAUCUUUAGAGAAGCUCACAAAUGAAAAACUUCUGAACUUGCACGCUGUGGCUGAUCGAUGCAAUGAUCCUCAGCUAGCAGACUUUAUUGAGAGCAAUUUUUUGGAGGAGCAGGUUGAAGCUAUCAAGAAAAUAUCAGAUUAUGUAAGUCAGUUGAGGAGGGUUGGAAAAGGACACGGUGUGUGGCACUUUGAUCAAGCACUCUUACUCGAGGGUGGGGCAGCAGUAUAAAUGAGUCUACUGUAGUUUCAACUAGAUAGAAUUUGUAUUUUGCAUAAGAUAUAAGAAAUGUUGUUGAUUAUGAAAUGUAUUCAUGAUAAUAUGUAACUGCAUAAUAAAACUUAGAGAGGUUUAUGGCCUUACAAGAAUAAACGUAUAAUGUACUUGAAGCGUGAAUGAUUGUAUCAGACUAUGUAUGACUCUUUUGGUAAUGCGAGUAGGAUUUCAUAUA